AUCACCGAUCAACGGAAAGAGCCAAAGAUAUCAGCUCGGUCAUGUGAUCAGCUCUGUCACACUGACAGAGGAGAGGAGAGCCGGUAAUCGGCUUUUCGCGGAGGGGACAUGUACACUGAUCAUCAGGGCACUGAUGAUCACUGUAGCCCCAGCAGUGCCACCUGUCAGUGUCCAUCAAUGCCACAUAUCAGUGCCUACCAGUGCACAUCAAUGCCACAUAUCAGUGCCCAUCUGAGCUGCCUUUCAGUGUUACCUGUCAAUGCCAGUCAGUGCCACCUAACAGUGCCAUAUAUGAGUGCUGCCUUUCAGUGCCCAUCAGUGAUGCCUGUCAAUGCCCAUCAGUGCCACCUAUCAGUGUCCAUCAGUGUAGCCUAUCAGUGUCCAUCUCUG